AUGACCUACUCGUAUCUGCUAUCUAUACCUCUACUCGUCACCUACUCGGUGACCAUGGCGGUCAUCAAGUACGACGAGGGCUACAAGGACCUAUCCGCCUUCCACCUCGGUGUCAUCCCAAAACCCUACGCACUCUGGCCAAAGGAAUACAAAGCCCUCGUUCUCCCCGCCACCGUCUGCUUUUCCGUCGCCUGGUCGCUCGAAAUCGUAUCGCACCUCGAAGAGUUGACGUUCUGGCUCUUUUUGUUGCACCAAGGACCCAGUCAACGCGACUGGUUCACGAGUUGGGAGUUUAGGACGUGGGCUUCUGGAGCGGUCUUGGCCGUUGUGGGUAUGCCCACCCUUACGGUCUUGUUGAGGGCCGACCCGUACAAGAGCGAGGCGUGGACCUUUUUUGCGGGUGGUGUGGGCUCGUUGAUCAUCACGCUCUGGUUCUUGGUCGUGCUUUUCAAGUUUCCCAAGUUUUUGAAGAGGGUUAGGAAUGAAGGAGCCGAAGCCGAAGUCGUCGUUCGUCUCACCACAUUCGACGAGCUCAACCGCAUUCGAGUUGGGUUCCGAUUCUUGUUCGCGGGUCCUCUUCUCGUGUUGGCGAUUGAUGGUGUUUUGGACAAGGGAAAGCCGAUUAACACGAGUCCCUUCUGGACGGACCUCCUUUCCAUGAUUGCCGGUAUUGGAUGUGUCGUAUCGUCUAUUCUCACUCUUUUGGUACGUUACGGCUUCCUUGCUCCCAUUAAGGGGAAAGAGGAUACCG